AUGGAGAAUCGCAUCAAACUGAGGAGCUGCAAAACUAAUACGUCUCCUGUGAGAGAAGAUGAACUGCAAAAGCCUGAAUUGGGUGAUGGUACUUCUGCUUUCGAAGGUCGUUUUAAGGCUACGAGAAUGUGGAAUGGCGUAAUGAAGAAGUUUCGCAAUGGGAUGCCUCUAAAAAGGCACAGACGGAAGGUAUUUUUAUAUGAAGACAGCUUUACUGGGAAGGAGGCUGUAGAUUUCCUAAUGACUGAAUUGCCGAAGUUUUACUCUGAGGAAAAAGAAAUAACGAGGUCGAACUGUCAUAUGCUUCUUGAGAAAUUUAUUGAUGUUGGCCUUUUUUUGCCUGUUAAGGGAAGUGGCAAUGAGAGUAAGGACGAGUUCCGAGAAAGUGAUAUCUACAGGUUCUCUGACAUUCCUUUAGAACGUGUAGCUGUUACACCUAUCUUAGUAAGGCGUGCUGCAUCUUUUAACGAGCGAUGCGGUUUUGGAACUGGGUCGUGUAGUCGUGAUUUGAGUAAAAUCCCAAGACUUCCAAGAGGCAACAACUCACGACGAGUUGAGGACUAUUUUACUCCUGCGGCUGAAGUCAUACCGUCAGUGCGGUCUCCAUUAGCAAAGUCGAAGCGCCUCUCUUCUUCAGAUGGCAAUUUAGUCUCAAUGAUGAGCCCAAAGAUUUUUGAUCCUCUGGGCACGGUAGUCUCGAAUGAUUUACCGGUUUCAUUUGUUGAUGAAGUCGUAAAAGAAAAAGACUCUCAAGGAAAGGACGAGGCUGUUGAAACUAAAGAAAACUCAAGUCCUCUGGACGAGGUAAUUACGGAGUUGCAAAAGGUUGGGGAAACAAAUAUGAAUGCUACAUUGAGUAUACGAAGUUUUGGAAAAGUUGUGCAGAAUAUGGUGAACGAUGAAGUUUCGCCUAGUUUGCCAGAGUUUGAUUUCAGACUACGUAGAAUCUUGCGUGUAGAUUCAUUGGAGGGAAUAGUUGGACAAUCGUUCAGUGGAAGUGACGUAAAAUGGAAUUGUGAGAAGGUUGGACUUAAGGGCAUUGUGAAAGUGAGAAAUGAAAAUGAUGACCUUUCGACUUACCUUAUAGCUAUGAUGCGUUACUUAACCAGGUGGCCUUUUGAUCAAAAGUUUGUGGAAAAAGUCAACGUUUAUCCUGGAAUGGAGAGGAACGUGUUCGAAAAUGUUUGCGAACAUUUCGUCAAAGGGAAGCCUAUUUUACCUAACGUAGUCGCAUCAGCAAUUUUGAAAGUUGUCAACCUCAUCAAGGAUCGAAAUCAACAGAAGCUUUCAAAGUUAUCUUCUCCAAAAAAACCAGAAAAAACCAUUCGAAUGGAGACGGUAUUUUCCCAUCAAGCGACACCUGUCACUCGUUAUGUUAAUAUGUUGAACAAGGACUUUGAGAGUCGGCUAAGGAGAUUUCCCGAUCGGGACUACGGAAAUCCACGCAAAGGUAUAAGUUAUCGUAACAGUUCUGGGCCAACGCUAAACGACAUUGAUUUAAAAGCUAAAUCUUUAAUAAAAGAAAAGGAAGCUGCUUUGAGCAACAAUUCUUCUUCACAGCCACAAAAGCUUGAAGAUCAACCAGAACAAAGGUAUGAUGAUAUACUGUUGCAAAUGCAGAGGCGACGUCGUAGUCCUGAACUAAUUUUACAUCUGCAGGAGCUGUCACGCUCCAGGAAAAGCUCUGUUAUUACACCAAGUACGGAUGGCACUUGCUCACCUCUUGUGAAAACCCCAAGAUUAGGGCUUAGCCCUCUUUGGGUUCGAAGGCUUUUCUUGGUCAGUGAUAUAAAACUUUCAGAUAUAGCUAAGGAGGAUGAAACAGAUUUAAUAGAGUCAGUGGCUCUGCUUCUUUUAACUUUGCCUCCGGCAACUCGACGACGUUUGCACUAUCUUUUAAGAUUUAUGGAAAAAAUUUGCAAAAACCAUUGUUUAAGGCUGAGUCCUACCCGGGAGAACCGUUAUGUGAUUCUGGAGCGUUUGUCUGAAAGUGUUCUUACUCCUUCUGAUUUAAUAAGUCCCGUUCAAUGCCUGCACUUGGUCACUUUCCUUGUUGACAACCAGGAUGAGGUUUUCUUAGUUCCGGAAAGAUUGAAAACAGAAGUGGAACAUUACAUCAGCGAUCGCCAAGUUGAGCUUAAGGGUAAAGAAAAUGAUGAAGAAGCAGAUAAUUCUAUGGAAAAAGAUCUAUCUACUAAGCAGUACUGUGAACCGAUCAAGAUUAACGAGUACGAUCAGCAAAAGGAAUUUGGGGUUGAAAGGCAUCUUCUGAAUCUCCUGGAUAACAUUGUGAACAACGAGACUAUCACACUGGAAGAACGGAAGAAGCAAUUACGCAAAUUUAAAAGGACGUAUCCGGAAAUUUAUGCUAAGCGUUUCCCUUCACCAAAGCCGAGGAAGCCAAGGACUCCAAGUUUCUUAGACCGGUUGCGGAACCUCAACUUUAGACAAUAA